AUGCUGGGACCAAACGCCAAUUACGUCGCUCAACGCUUUCAGUCUCUCGUCUGGGCAUGUCUCGACAACGACCUCGUCAAAUCAGCAGUAUUCUACGCAGAACGCUUCUACUCUCAGGACCCAAAGAACCACGAUGCACGGCACCUCUAUGCAACAGCUUUGCUAGCCGCCAAGCAGACAUAUUCGGCCCUCCACCUCGUCAACGUGUCGCUCGAUGAGCAGUGCACCGGAUGUCUUGAAAUCAAGGCAAAGUGCUGCACAGUCCUCGGCAGGUUCAGACAGGCUAGAGAGGCACUAGACGCCACAUUGCAGGACCCAGCUUACAUCUCGACAGUCCGCUCACAACCCAUCAACGCCGUCCAAACUCAAAUCCCGAGACCACUUUCAUCGGCAGAUGAGGCAGGUCCUGUUCAGAAACGCCUUCGCUCCACCUCACGACAACCCGAAGCUAGUAGCAAGCCAAAAUCGAGCAAGUCCACUUUGGACGAUCCCUUGAAAAAGGCACGCGCACGCCCGGCCUUGUCAGUUGCUAACAUCAUCUCAUCUUCCAGUCAUUCUCAGCCAGUGAACACUUCCCGAACAAACACAGCUCUUGGCAAGAGUAACACUCAGCCGAGUGCUGUCCCCCCGCCCACACGCCGCAGUAACCGCCUCCUGAGCGGGAACGGAGCAAAGCAACUGGGUCUCCCAAAGGCCCCUACUCGCGAGCGAAGACGACCUGUAGCGCAUGCACGGACUAAAUCAACAGCGAACGAUGUCGAGGAAAAGGACGAUGAAGCCGUGGCUGGAAGUGAAGCUGUCGAUUCGACAUCUCCACCGUCUGCACUAUCACCCCAUUCUGAAGGGUCUCCUGCACCCAGUGGCUGGACUUUACUCCAAGAACAGCAAGCGCAGGAAGAGUACGAGAUCGAACUAGCCGACCACGCUAUCUACGAGUUGGUUCGUCAGUUCGCAUCAGCCGCAAGGCGAUUGGCUCUGUACGAUUGCAAGAGGUGUCUCAAAGAGCUCGAACGAUUACCGCCAGCACACCAGAAAUCUGCAUCAACACUGGUCAUGAUAGGGAAGGUGCAUUAUGAGUUGCAGGAUUACUCCUCGGCGGAACGAGCGUUUAGGAGUGCUCGCGAGAUUGAGCCCUAUCGGUUGUGGGAUAUGGAAGUGUACUCGACACUUUUGUGGCAUCUGCAACGGAACAUCGAGUUGUCCUACCUCGCGCAAGAACUACUCAAUAUCAACCCUCAAUCAUCCCAGGCAUGGAUCGCCAUCGGGAAUUUGUUCUCGUUGCAGAAAGACCGGACUCAAGCGUUGACAUGCUUCAAGCGAGCGGCCCAAUUAGACCCAUCGUGCGCAUAUGCGUUCACACUGAGCGGCCACGAGACGAUUGACGAGAACUUGGACGUGUCGACGACCUUUUUCGAAUCAGCGCUUCGUGUUGAUGCGCGACAUUAUAAUGCAUGGUAUGGAUUGGGAACAUGUUAUUUACGAGCGAGCAAGAUUCGCCGGGCGGAAUACCAUUACAGGAAGGCCCUCGAAAUCCACCCACAUAAUGCCGUAAUACUGGGAUGUGUAGCCAUGACACUGGAACGGCGUCAAGAAUACGACCAGGCGCUGAGCUACUACAAUAAGGCAAUCGAAGCAUGCCCUGAGAACGCCUUGGUUCGGUAUCGACGGGCGAAGAUGUGGGUCUCGAUGCGGAAGUACAAUGAAGCACUAAAGGACCUAGAGCACCUUCGACGGACGACGCCGGAGGAAGCGAAUGUUAUCUUCCAGUUGGCCAGGGUGUAUCGGCUGAUUGGGGAUGAAGUCAAGUCGGCACAGGCGUUGGCUGUUGCGAGGGACAUUGCGCCCAAGAGCCUGAACAAGAUGAAGCGGCUGCUAGAGACUGUGGUAGACGAGGGGGACGACAAGAUGGAUGAGGGAUGA